AGAAAAUCCAAUCAUGCUCACAAGGGUCCCUGUCCUCAUUUUGGCUGUCAUUGUGAUGUUGGCAUUGUGCCAAGAGCCUGAGAAACCUGAGAAACGGCCGGCGUUGCUGUCCCGAUACGGACGAGCUGUUCUUCCACGUUAUGGAAAAAGGUCGGGCAAUUUGAUGGAAUCGAGUCAGAAUUCUUUGACAGAAGAAUCAUCGGACGUGGUUUGCCAAUUAAUCGAUGGAAAAUACAUUUGUCUUCCAGUUGAUGCUGUCAGAUUCCGACCGUUCUUUUUGUGAAACCUCUCUGAAAAUAUUGUAUUGUUUCUCUGCGUCUCUAUGUCGUUCAACCAUCUCUUUGCUUUCUCUCUCAUUCAAAUCCAAAAGAAAUUAGAAUAAAUUUGUUUGUGGUGUUAUUCUGGACAUCAAGCUUGUCUAGAAGAGAUUGUUUGUCUCAAGCCUUUUGGGAGGGCAAAUAUUCUUUAAUUUACAUUCAUUUAUGUAUACGGCAUUUUAAUAAAGUCUGUGUCUGAUGAA